AUGGGGGACAUUGAUCCAUGCGGCAGCAAAAAUAAAAGGCUCAUUGACAGGUUAGUAAUUGUGGAAGUGGCUGAGAACAGUCAGGAUGGGAUAAGACGUGGCCGACCAAGAGCAGACACAGUUCGUGACCUAAUAAAUGAAGGAGAGCAUUCUUCCAGCAGAAUACGUUGCAAUAUCUGCAACAGGGUGUUCCCACGAGAGAAAUCACUACAGGCACACAAACGAACUCAUACCGGUGAAAGACCUUAUUUGUGUGACUACCCAGACUGUGGGAAAGCCUUUGUUCAGAGUGGGCAACUCAAAACUCACCAGCGUCUUCACACAGGGGAAAAGCCUUUCGUCUGCUCAGAGAAUGGCUGUUUAAGCAGAUUCACACAUGCAAACCGUCAUUGCCCUGAACACCCAUACGCCCGGCUGAAAAGGGAAGAACUCACAGUCAGACUGAGUAAAAAACAGACAGUUGACAAUAAAGCUGCAGCUGAGUGGCUAGCAAAAUACUGGGAGACUAGAGAACAGCGUGCUCCCACUUUGAAAAGUAAAACAAUCCAGAAAAUGGAUCAGGAACAGCAGGAUCCUAUGGGAUAUCUUCAGUCUGAUGAAGAGGAUGAUGAAGAGAAAAAAGAGGAAAAUAGUGCUCAUUCAGCUGCUCACCGCCGCCUACAGGAGCAGCGUGAACGCAUGCAUGGUGCAUUGGCUCUUAUUGAGCUUGCAAACCUAGCUGUGGCACCACUGUGA